CCAGCGGCGACAAAAAAAUUUUUCUGUCACUACUCUACGAUAUUAUAGCGAAACGAAUUCGACGAAUCUUUAGUACCUUUAUUGAGCACAAGACAAGCUAUCAUGGAUGUCAAGAACCUUUCAGAAUAUAUUUACCUGAAUCUACUUUUCCUGAAUGAUGAAUUUGAAUUUGGACAACCGUCAUGAAGCCUCCUGUACUAGAGUCGAGUGGAAAUUACUGACACUGUUGCUACCACCUGGUCCACCUUGCGGUUUGGGAUGAAUUAUUUCCCACUCUUUAUGUUGAUCUACAUCUAAUUUUACCGUGAUCAGCAAGAGCACCUGCUCGACUUGUGGUCCUGUGGAGCACGCGCAAGGCAGAAGGAGCAGCUUGAGCUUUGAGAUAGACCUAUACUAUUGUUUAGAACUGUACCUACUUCUACACUGGAAGAACGAACUCAACUCACGAGAACAGACACGACCUGCAAGGUUACCACAGAGGACACAACAAUGGGCGUGCUGCACGAACCGUGGUAUAAGAGGAUGCGACACAGGACUGUACAAAUGAAGGACGAGAACUAAAUGUUGUACUAUUUCGAGAUAGCAGGAGCACAGAUUCAUAACUGUAAAAUUGCAACUGGAUGAAUAAGAUGUAAACUUAGAAAUAG